AUGAGCUUUUUUCAACCAAAGAAUACGACAUCAACAGGCAAAGUCGAUAGAAAAGAACUAUUAAAAAAGACACAACCAUGGGUUGAGAAAUAUCGACCCAAGUCUAUGGAUGACAUUGCUUCACAAGAACAAGCUGUUUUAGUACUGAAGAAAGCACUUCAAUCUGAUAAUCUACCUCAUUUACUCUUUUAUGGUCCUCCUGGUACUGGUAAAACUUCAACCAUCUUGGCAUUAGCACAUGAACUCUAUGGACCUCAGCUAAUGAAAUCUCGUGUACUUGAAUUAAACGCUUCGGACGAAAGAGGUAUUGCAGUUAUUCGGGAAAAAGUAAAGGAUUUCUCAAGAACGACAGUAACAAGCAAAGUGAGUGGAUAUCCUUGUCCUCCAUACAAGAUUGUUAUUUUGGAUGAAGCUGAUUCAAUGACAAAAGAUGCUCAAUCCGCCUUACGUCGAACCAUGGAAACAUAUUCUACAACAACACGAUUCUGUAUUGUUUGCAAUUACGUGAGCCGUAUCAUUGAGCCCAUCACAUCUCGUUGUGCCAAGUUUAGAUUUAAAUCACUUCCUAUUGAAGAUAUACAGUCUCGUUUAGAAAUGAUAUGUCUAGAGGAAGGUGUCAAUCUUGCAGCCAAUACGAUGCAGACAUUGAUUCAAUGUUCAGGAGGAGAUUUACGAAAAGCAAUCACUUUCUUACAGAGUGGAUAUAAUUUACAAGGCAGCAAACCGAUUACGCCCAGCAUGAUUAAUGAAAUGGCAGGCAAGAUUCCUGAUGACAUAAUCAGACAGUGCAUAGAGGCGUGGUCUUCAAAUGAUAUGAAUGAGAUACAAAAGGUCAUUCAGAACGCAAUGAACGAAGGAUACUCUGGAGAGAAUUUGCUAAUCCAAUUACACGAUGAGAUCAUUCAAGAUCAAAAUCUGACAACAUUACAGAAAGCUCAAAUAUCACAGAUCCUGUCUACGGUUGAUAUCGAUCUUGUCCAAGGAGCGGAUGAACAUUUACAAGUACUUAAUUUGAUGGCUCAAGUUGCUUCUAUCGCUGCCAGUUAA